AUGGGUCCAACACUUGUCCACAACGACGAAGAAUCAAUGACAAUAGUUAGAUCUAUUUCUCCUGAUUUCUAUCCAGCUCUUUCUGUUGUUGCAAGACCUCCUGUUUUGUCCUCAUUCAUCGACAAACUCGUCUUCAAUUAA